GGGAGAGUGAGAGAGUGUGCCUGUGCGAGUGAGGGAGGGAAUGAGUGAGGGAGUGGGAGAGAGAUGACAAAAUAUCAAAGGAGAGCAAGCACGCAGUACCAUGCGAGCUAAAUUUGUGCCCGCUGGAAAUCCUGAAGGCGGAUUUAUGGUGAAGACCAGCAGCUCUUUUCGCAUAGGAAGCGAUUCUAUUGGAACUUUGGAAGAGAGGGUCGGCUUGGAAACAUGGCCGAAGGAGGGGCGAGAAGAGGUGGCGGAGAGGUCCCCGCUACGUCGCCCGAGCAGGAAGACCGGAGCCCGGCUCAGCCCCAGUGCCCAGUCCUGACAGGAUCCGGACACUGCAAAUGGUUCAACGUUCGGAUGGGGUUUGGAUUUAUAUCUAUGACCAGCAGCGAAGAAGGUCCUGUUGACCCCCCGAUGGAUGUGUUCGUUCACCAAAGUAAGCUGCUAAUGGAGGGAUUCCGCAGUCUGCGCGAGGGGGAGCCAGUGGAGUUCACCUUCCAGAGGUCCAGCAAGGGUCUGGAGUCGCUACGGGUCACUGGCCCCGGGGGCGGGCCCUGCUCCGGCAGUGAGAGGCGGCCCAAAGGCAAGGCCCCGCCCCUCAAACGCAAACCAAAGGGAGACCGGUGUUACAACUGUGGAGGUCUUGAUCACCACGCCAAGGAGUGCGGCCUGCCCCCCCAGCCAAAGAAAUGCCACUACUGCCAGAGCGUCUCCCACAUGGUGGCCCAGUGUCCACAGAAGGCCUUGGCACCCCCCUCCACCAGCUCUCAGGACACGGAGACCUCCCCCGAGUCCCACAGUCACGAGGAGGGGGGGCGCAGCAGCUCUUCGCCCCAGGAAAGGAGCUCCUCUGCCGGGGAUGAACCGCUGCACGGUGGGCCAUCUUCCCAGCAGCGCUGGAGGAAGCCCUGAAGCUCUGGGGACGGCCUUUGACUCGCAGCACACGAUGGGUUCAACCUCAAACCUCUCUCCUUCAUCAUCUUGUCCUCUUCCUCCUCCUGUGUCCUCUUUUUUCACCCCCCCCCCCCCCUAUCCUGAAGUCUGGACCAGCAGAAUCUACCUCACAAUCACAUUCAGGGGGAGCUGUUCAUCUACAGCCAGUGCAGCUAUGCCCCCCCCCCCUCCUUUGUAUGGUUCCAUUGUUUUCACUUGGCAUCUCCAUGGUAACUUGUCGUCAGGGUAACUGACAGGCUGUUAAAGGUGUUGUGUAUCACCUGAAGCUCAGUACAGCUCAGUACAGGCCUUUAAAGUGGGGGCUGACUUGAAUCAAAACAAAACUGUGAAGCUUAAGUCUGUCUCACCCCACAAGCUCUUUCAGGAAAAAAUAAUCACCCCAACCUCUUCUCUGUUUUGCGUCACCUCAGAUAAAUGCUUUAUGUCCUCAGUCUAGCAGUCAACCACAAAAUAAUUGCCAUCACUUGCCAUAUUGACUUCUUCCAAAAAUGUUACCCUUUUCACCCACAAAUACGUUCAUGGCAAACUCAUGGUAACCCCUAUCAAUCCCUGUAAUCAAUACAAAAGUUCAAUUCAAGAGCUUUCUGUCACCAUCCGUUCAUUUUUAAGACAGACCACUCAGCCAUUGCUCUCUUCUGAAUCAUGUUUAUUUCACCACAGUGGUCUGUUUGUUUCAGACAUGAGUUUGUCUCUGGUGAAACCCUUUGGCUGUAGGCAGUGCACUGUGGUUAGAGGAGGAAGGUGAGUAAUCAUCUGCAAAGGUCACAAAUCCUUAGUAGGAAUGCCAGCGGAUGCCACUGUAUGCAUCAGAAAAUCUAAAAUGUCUGCAUUAAUUAUAAUUCAGUAUUAGCAAAUUGUGUUGCAAAUUACCCUGAUGUGAUAUUAUUAAUCAAGAGUGGACCUGGAGGAAUUAUCUGAUUACAUUAGCCAAAGAAGGAAUACAUUUUUUAUUAUUAUUGAUAUUAUUAAAAUGAUAUCACAUGAUAAUGGCCUUAGGAAUAGUCUUGGUGUAAUAGUUUUUUCACAUUUAUCAAGGAUGCCAGUACUUUUGCAGAUGACUGCAACCUCAAUUAUUCCAUUUGUGUCAGUCGCUUUGUGCCUCCGACUCGGCUUGUUCUUAUCAGCCUCUUGGGAAAAGAAAAAUGAAAAAAAGAUUUUGCAGGGAAGCGUGACAUCCAAUCAACAACCCCAAAGCAGUUUUUGCUGUGACUUUUAUCAACGAUCUUUGUCUCUUGCUCCGGUUGCCACUGUUCCCUGGCCAUGAAGCUGUCUGACAAGACCAGGGUCCAUGAAGCUGUCUGACAAGAGGUCAGUUUUCUUAUGGUUUAUACCCUAACACACGUGAGGAAAACUGUCCCCAGAUCAGUUCACGAAGGCAGAAUGAACAGGGCUGGAUGUCAGGUACUUAUGUUUAUGGGGUCGACAUGAGCUGUCCCCAUGAAUGUUAAAACUCACAAGCAUGGUUGUGUGUGUGUGUGUGUGUGUGUGUGUGUGUAUGUGGGAGGGUGUACAAAUGAGUGCCCCCUUCUCUCAAAUUCCUGAAUAAGCCCUGAUCUGCGAACAACUGUCAGCGUAACCACUUUUAAGUGUUAGCCUCACUGUUUAAAUGUAGUCCUAGAGAGACCUCAAAAGAAGAUGUAUAUUAUCCAGUUAGAGCUGAACAAAUUAACCACAGAAAGACUAUAACAGUUACUGUUUUAUUAUUGUUAUUAUAUUUCUUAAGAAGUGAUUGCAUCUUUAUCUAGGUUUGGGUUCGUUGGCUUAUUAUGUAGUUGCAGGCAGUGCCACAGUUGAAAGUUAUAAUAUAAGUCUUUAAUAUAUGUGUAUGAAAAUAGCAUAUUAUUAAAAAAAAAAUGUUAUCAAAUGUAAGAAAAAAAUUGACGUUUUCGUUGUAGACAGUUAGAGAAAUGCACUCUGGUGCAGACUGUAGGAUUCUUUAUUGUUGAGCUGACACAGCAUCAAGUUGGGACCAUUGGUGCGAUCUUUCCAUUUCCUCUCUCUCUCUCUCUCUCUCUCUCUCUCUCUCUCUCUCUCCUGCUGUAAUCCUCUGAUUCUUCUCAUCUACCAAAAUCACCAUCGCUGCUCUCUGUCUCUCUCUCCUGCCGUAAUCCUCUGAUUCUUCUCAUCUACCAAAAUCACCAUCGCUGCUCUCUGUCUCUCUCUGUCUCUCUCUCUCUCCUGCAGUAAUCCUCUGAUUCCUCUCAUCUACCAAAAUCACCAUCUCUGCUCUCUCUCUCUUUCUCUCUCUCUCCUUCUGUGUAUCUCACUGACUCUGUUUAUCGCUUGCAUCCAUUGUUUUCUCAAGACAGCAACAAAUUGUAUUACUAUAUGUGCCCUACAGACCCAUGGUGCAUUUCUGCUUCAGCAUUUCUUCUUCCUCGCCAUCUCUCUCUCUAUCCUCACUUCAGUCUGUGUCUUAAACAUUUACACCUCUUGAUGAAAUGAACUUUUCACCAUGGGUCUUUUUUUCAGUUUAGUCAAGACCUUCAGUCCAAUGACCUCCAUUCACCACAAAUCUAACAGAGGAUCCACCUCUUCGUUACUGUUGUAUAUUUGGUCUCGCAGUUAUACUACCAUAUUUUACUUGUAGUGUUUCAGAGAAGUUAGUUUGAUUUUCUUUAUUUGAAAGGAGAGGGAGGGAGAGUCAAGGAGACCAACCUGCUUUGCAUUAAGACUUGAAUUUGCUUGAGACUUCCUCGACAGGUUACUUGAUGUGACAACUCUUCUCUGACGAUAUUGAAUGUGAAAACAACAACAACAACUAAAAAAGGAAGUUAAAAGAAAAAAAUAAGAGAGAGCUUCCAUAGAGGCUACAGCAGACCGCUCGCCUCUGUGGUGUCCAAUGGUGUCAAAUCAUAAAAAAAAUGCCUUGGCAAUGAUUUCAAGCCUGGUUGGUUGUCUGAGAGCGAGUUUUGGAGUAUUUUUGUUUUGUUUGUUUGAUAUACAUUUCACACACCAAAGAUUAUGGUUGUGUCAAAGGCUUUGGCAUAGAGAUUAGUUUGUGAACCCCCUGCUUUUCCUACCUUACUGCAGAGGGAGUCAUUACUAAAAGUGAAACACUGAGUUGAGAAGAUGUAUAUUUUUUAAAGUGUUGUUCUCUGAA